UAGAGGUGGCUUGUGGCUAGGACACCCUCUUGGCCUUUUUAUAGAAAACCUAGAACAUAAACCAUUCACUCUGCAGUUAGCAUUAAAACAUGGCUCAAGUCGGAAGUGCAACGGUAGGCACAGAUCCCUAUUUAGAAAAGCCAACUGGAGUGGCUAGUAGCACGGCUCUGGCUAUACGCAACUCGACGAUAAUUGCCCAUAGGUUGUCCAUCUAUUUGCCCCAAUUACUCUUGCCCUCGAGGGAUCCUCAAAAGCUCAUUAUGGAAAUCAAUUGUCAGGUGGCUCAAUUCCGUGAGAUGCUCAUCUAUAUUGGACAAGCGCGUGACUCACCCGAGUUGCGUGAGAAAAUCCGAAAAUUACGACGCACCUGCCUGGAGGCUUGCAAGAAUACGGCUCAUCUGAUUACCCCUCAGUCUCGUCACUGUCUCAGUAGUCCUUCGGAGAGGUCGCAUCUCACUUUGCUCUAUCAUCUGAUCCAGCAAUUCCAGAAUGAGUUGGUCAAGAGUCAUCGCCUAAUAGAACUGGUGCCCCUCGACAUGACCGACUACUAUGCCCCCUCACGAACGGCUCCGUCGAAUCUAGGCAAUGUCCUGAGUCAAAUUCUAUUGUGCAAGCAAAUCAAUCCAGAUUUCCAACAGGAGGAAUUAUGUAGCAUAACCAAAGAUUCUCAAGAGCUAAGUGAGCUAUUGGAUCAAAUGCAAGUCCAUUUGCCUGUAUAUGAUCCAUCCACCGUUUCAGAUGACACGGACAUGGAUGCCAAUCCGAACAGCAGCAGUUUUAUAUCCCUCAAUACUCCGGCUUGGUAUACCCGACAUCGGCGACGUAGCUGCAAGAGUCGAAGCCGGAGUCUUUGUUGUUGCUUCACCCCAUCGCAGGUCAAAAAAUAUUGUUGAAAAUCCGGUCACUAACCUCAAUAUGCUUCGUUUAACUUUAUUGGUCAUAGUUAGAGUAUAUUAGAACAAACAUUUUAUAUCCAAUGCUUCUAAACGCUUUACUUUGAUCCCCUCUAAAAAUCUUAUUUUACUAUAAACGUUAAAUAGGAUUAGAAAGAUUCGAGUUUCGUUCCAAAAACAGAAGCUAAAUGAUUUUAAAUAAAUCAAGUGAAAUAGGAUUUCCUUAUGGCACAAGAUCAUC